AUGAUACAUGGGCCAUGUGGCAAUUUGAAUACUGCCGCACCAUGCAUGAUUGAUGGUAAAUGCUCCAAAAGUUAUCCAAGGAAUUUGACUGCUGAAACGAUAACAGGCAAUGACGGAUAUCCAUUGUACCGACGACGUUCGAAAGAUGAUAACGGAUUUACAACAAAGCUCAGACUUAGAGGUGAAGAAAUCGAAAUUGACAACCGAUGGAUCGUGCCUUAUUCGCCUAUAUUAUCGAAAACUUAUAAAGCCCACAUAAACGUUGAAUAUUGUAAUUCCGUUAAAUCGAUCAAAUACAUUUGCAAGAACAUUCAUAAAGGUAGCGAUAUGGCUGUUUUUGGAGCGGUAGCUGAAAACAGCAAUGAUGAAACUACACAAUACCAAAUGGGCAGAUACCCAACGGUUUUACAUUUUGCCGUUCAUCUUGAAAAUGGCCAACGCGUUUAUUUCACGGAAAAUAUUGCAGCGCAAAGAGCGACUCAACCACCUGCAACAACGUUAACUGCUUUUUUCAAUUUAUGUCGGUCAGAUGAUUUUGCGAGAACUUUGUUAUAUUCUGAAGCUCCAAAAUACUACACUUGGAAUCACGCAUCGAAAAGUUUUCAAAGACGGAAGCAAGGAACACCGGUUGAAACUCAUCACAAUGUUUUUGCCAGCGAUGCAAUAGGCCGUAUUUAUACAAUUCAUCCAACUAAUGCAGAAUGCUUUUAUUUGCGAUUACUAUUGAUUAAUGUCCGUGGCCCAUUAUCAUUUCAAAACAUACGUACAGUAAAUGGUCAAAUCUGCACUACAUUUCGCGAAGCAUGUAUGAAAUUGCAUUUGCUUGAGGAUGACACACAUUGGAAUGAUACUUUAACAGAUUCAGCUGCAUCAUCCACACCAUUCCAAAUUCGUACGUUAUUUGCAAUAAUUAUAUCAACACGUUUUCCAGCAAGUCCUGGUGAGUUGCGGAAUAACCAUAAGAACAGCAUGACGGAAGAUAUAUUAUACCGCAUACGUAUUGCAACUGGAAAUCAUAAUUUGGAUUAUACAUCAAAUAUGUACAAUGAAGAGCUAAUCUUGGUAGAGGACCUGUGUUUGUCAAUUGCUAAUAAAGCGUUGACAUAA